CUCACAUCUGCUUCUGGUGCAACACGAAGUUGCAGGCUCAAUCUGGUGAUUACGUAAUGCUGCUGCACGUGUCCAUAGCGGGCUUGGAAUUUUUUUGAUGUGGACGCUGGAGCCAUCCGUUCUUCUCACCAGCCCACGUACGCAUCCGCACACUACCAUCCAACCACGCAGCUCACCGCCAUCCACACUCUCACUACCAUGGCUGACACCAAGGAAAUCGAGCAGGAGCUGCCCGAGUCGAUCUUCAACGAGUUCGACGAGGAGACGUCCAAGAAGGUCGGAGCCCUGACCGAGGCUUUUGACCAGGCCGAGGCAGACAUCAUCAAGUACUCGACGGAGCUCUACACGCCCCUCUACGCCCAGCGCGAUGAGCUCGCUGCGACGAUUCCCAAGUUCUGGUCGACGGCGCUGAUCAACUGCUUCACCAUGUUCCGCUACGUCGACGAGGAGGACCAGGCCGUGCUCGAGCACCUCCAGACGAUCAAGCUGCACCGCGACGCCAAGGAUCCCCGCGCCGUCGGUAUCGAGUUUGUUUUUGCCCCCAACGAGUUCUUCACCAACACGACGCUCCGCAAGGACUUUGAGCUGACAAAGGACUCGGACAAGCUGCCCCACUUUGAGCUCUCGAGCGACACGACGACAAAGAAGGUCGCGAUCGACUGGAAGAGCGACGAGGUGAACCAGUGCAAGAAGCGGCCCACCAAGGGCUCCAUCGAGGACGACUUUGAGCCCGGGAGCUUCUUUAGCAGCUUCUUUGACUCGGACGACGUCGAGAUUGCCGGUGGCAUUGCCGACCAGCUCGUCAACGACCUCUACCCCAGGGCCCUCGAGUUCUACACUGGCGAGGCCUGCGUUCUCGGGGACGACUUUGACGACGACGAGCUUGAGAUCGACGACGACGAAGACGAGGACGAGGACGAGGAGGAAGAGGCAGAGGAGGCAGAGGAGAAGGCCGACGGCGCCGCAAACGGCAGGCCGGCCAAGAAGGCCAAGAACUAAGGGAGAUGUUCACCCGCCGCUGUAUCUAUAACCAAGGGAAAACAAAAUGAGAAUUGCUUCUUCGUCGUCUAAGGCGUAUUGGAUGGGAGAAUGUGCAGUGUUUGCAUAGCUGUGAUGA